AUGUCAUCUUCACCGCCGCCGCCGCCUCGGUUGCCGCGGCCGACGGCGAAGCACUUCUGCCAGGGGGUCCUCAUCUCCUCGCCCUUCACCGUCCCUUCCCUCCUCGUCCUCUCUCUCCUCUCUCUCCUCUCCUUCUUCUUCCUCCUCCACCACCACCAGCUCUCCCUGCACCGCCACAGAAGCUACGGCGAGCCCCUGGCGCCGCCGCCGGUAAACAGCCAGGGUGCAACCGGUGGUAAAGCGGAUCAUUUUCGCCGGUUCUUCCUCGCUGGCAAAGACCCUCGCGGCGGUGCCGCCGCCAACGAUAGCAUCUCCGCCCAUCUCAGGGAGCUUACUCUCGGCCCUCACCUCGCCGGUACCCCCUCCGCCAUCUCCGCCGCUUCCUACGUCCUGCAACACUUUCAAAACUCCGGUCUCCGAGCUCAAGACAGUGAAUAUCGCGUCCUCCUCUCCUACCCAGUCCGCUCCUCUCUCUCUCUCCUCGCCGGUGGCAACGUCCUCCAGCAACUCGACCUGUUGGAGCCCGCCGGCGGCGGGGUGAUGCGCCCCUACCACGGGUACUCCCCCUCAGGCUCGGCGGCAGCGCCUCCGGUCUACGCCAACUACGGCCGGCGGGAGGACUAUCAGAGGCUCGCUGCGAUGGGGGUGGAGGUGAGGGGGUGCGUGGUGGUGGUCCGCCGCGGGGGAGGAUACCGGGGAGCGGUGGUGCAGCGGGCGGCGGAGCAUGGCGGCGCCGCUGUCGUCGUCUUCGGGGCCGAGCUCGGCGUGGAGAGGGGUACGGUUCUGCUGGGUGGGCCCGGGGAUCCGCUGACUCCGGGGUGGCCAGCGGCGGCCGACGACAGUGUAGAGAGGCUCGGCGUAAAUGACGGGGAAGUACAGCGGCGGUUUCCGGCGGUGCCCUCGCUGCCGGUCCCGGCGGCGGCGGCGGAGGAGAUCCUACGGGCGAUGGGCGGGCCGCCGCUGCCGGAGGAGUGGCGGCGCCACCUCCCUCGGGGGAUGCAAGUGGGCGGCGUCGGCGGAGUCGGCGGCGGUUCUGUCCUCGUCAACUUCACCUACGAGGUAAGCGCCAGCACGGAGAUCGCUCCGCUAUGUCUGAAAGCUCCGAGCUUUUUGAUGCCCAUUUCUUCUCGCUGCUUCAGGGAGUGAGUGAGAUGGAGACCAUCAGGAACGUGGUGGGAGUGAUUACCGGGGAGUUGGAGCCGGACCGGUACGUACUGCUGGGGAACCACAGGGAUGCGUGGACUUACGGGGCCGUUGACCCCAAUAGCGGCACCGCCGCCCUCCUAGAGGUCGCCCGCCGGCUUGGCCUCUUGCUCCGCGAAGGGUGGCGGCCGAGGAGGACGAUAGUCCUCUGCAGUUGGGAUGCCGAGGAAUUCGGAAUGGUGCACUUCUUCUUCUUCUUCCUGCUCCUCCUCCUCUUCCUCCUCCUCCACCUUCGUCGUCAUCGUCGUCUUCCUCCUCCUCCUCGUCUUCUUCUUCUUCCUCCUCCUCAUCAGCAUCAUCGUCAUCAUCAUCAUCCAUAUUGGCAUUGUGACCAGAAUUUGAGCUCCAAAAUCAUGGGAUCUUGAACUGUGUCAGAUUGGAUCCACCGAAUGGGUCGAGGAGCACCUUGGACUCCUGCAGUCCAAGGCCGUGGCGUACCUCAACGUGGACUGCGCGGUUCAGGGGCCCGGGUUCUUCGCCAGCGGAACUCCCCAGCUGGACAGGCUUCUGGUCGGCGUCACAAAGAAGGUAACCUUGUGACCAGGAGGGAUGGCCUUCCACCCACCCUUUUUAUAAGCUUGCACCGCCAUGUUUCUACCCGAAACAGUUUAUCUGUGCCUUCGAUAUCAUUUUCCGACCAUAUAAAGCAAGAUAUCUAUCAGUAGCCAUGACACGGAAGAAUUUCUGUGGUCAACCUGUCAACUCGCAAAGACUAAUAUGGGAAUCAUCAAGCGGGUGCCAUGCAAACUAGUAUCUUCCAUAAUUCUGAAGACUGCCUCGGCUUGAUGGAGAAGACGAGCUUCUGCUGAGUGAGCUUAUGUUUCAGGUCAAGGAUCCGGACUUUGAUAGCAUGACUGUGUAUCAGACCUGGACGGAGGCAAACAGAAGAGCUGAAGUAAGAUCACAAUCCUCUUUUCCCGGACAAGCAGCCUUAUUUUUUAUAAGGCAUUUACUUUGGUAUAUUAGCUAUAAUUAGCAUUAUAUGCUCUCCUUUUUCGGUGCAUAUUCGUGGAAAAAAUCAAGAUCCAAUUCUAUUUUUUUCAUCAUUCAACAAUGUGGGCUUUUAUAGUUCUCCUUUCCAUGCUUUUGGUUUGGAGCUCAUCCAAACACUUGCAGUCUGAGAAAUCUGAGAAAUCUUCUGAGAUGUCACUGCAGAUCGGGAGGCUUGGCAGGGCGGAUUCAGAUUUCACCUCCUUUCUUCAUCAUGCUGGGGUGCCAUCUCUUGACAUGUAUUUCGGAAAAGGUAUGCAGCAUUGCAUUCGGACCAAGGCUAAAAGCCUUGGUCAUGUUUAUCAGACUGACAGCGCAGUUUAUUGCUCAUGUUUUCUCUAUUUAUAGUAAAAGCUUAUGCUUUUGCUCAUGCAUGAUUAUCUCAGUGGACACUGAUGCUGGUUUCUUUGCCAGAUUAUCCAGUCUACCAUACUGUUUUUGAUUCUUAUGACUGGAUGAAAAAACAUGGGGAUCCUUCCUUUCACCGACAUGUGGCAGGUUAGUUUUUUUUUUUUUCCUUCUAUUUUGUUGAUUUAUGAGGUGCAGUUCUUUACUAAAAAUGUCUACACAGCAUGGCAAUUGGAGUAAAUUAUGGUGGAUUACAGAGAAAUAAGACAUGAUCUCAUAGUUCAUGUUCUUUCUCAGGUUCUAGAUUUGGUGUGAAUCAUUCUGGGAUCGACACUAAUAUCAUGUUGAAUGACAGAUUUUUUAUGCACCACAUAUAUUUAUUUAUUUUCCGUUAUAAGUGGAAAAAUUAUGUUUUUUUGUUCAUCAUGGUAUGAAUAUCUGGUCAAAUAUUGACGCAAACCAUCAUCUCAUUUUUUUUUCGGACGACAUUAGUGAUGGUGUUUUAUGAGUGCCAGAAACAUAUUUAACGCUGUAUUAUCAUGAAGAAUAAGACAUAAAGCGAAUUAUAUUACCCAAAGUUGGAUGCGAUCAAGUUGUGCCGUUUAAUGAACGAUAUAUUCAUUGUCAUGGUGAAUGGUCUUUGUAAUCCGCCGAAAUUCCAAUAUGUAUCUCCAACCACAGUUAAGUGCAGUUGACUCGUGACAUUCAGAAAAUUGAGACCCUUCUUGAGUUGAACUCGGGCUCAGAACCUUGCUGUCGUCUAACAUAAUCAAUCUUGAGCAUGCCGGACCAAAUUUUAUUAAUUUGAAAACUUUAUUGAUUUCAUUUUAUGUCAGGUGGAUCCUGCAUCUAACUGAUUAGAGGUUACAUGCAAGAUGUGGGUAAUCAUCUUAUUAUUAUUAUUAUUAUUAUUAUUAUUAUUAUCGCCAAAAAUAAGUUCUUAAGUAUGCAGUUUUCAUCCUCAAUGUGCCAUCUCAACGAAAUCUCGGCGAUUUCAUGAAUUGGGAAUAAUCUGCAAUUAAUUCAACGAAAUCUGAAAAGUGGGGAAUCGUGAAUUGAGAACGAUCUGGUCGAAUCUUGACAAAAAAGUACGGAUCUUUCUGGUGGCAGAUGGGUUCUUAGCUCCCUGUUUCCUCUCAUCCCACAAAGGAGGUCUUGAUUAUUCUUCAAGCCAAUUUUCCGUUUUUAUUGGCCAAUCAUUAAGGGCUAAUUACUUCUGCUUCUCUCUCUCUCUCUCUCUCUCUCUCUCUACAUGAACACAGUCGCAGAGAUUUGGGGACUCGUGGCUCUUCAUCUGGCAGAUGACCAGAUCAUCCCUUUUGACUACCUCUCCUAUGCGGCUCAGUUGCAGGUAACUCUCAUGCCGAUUUCAGAGGGUCAGAUUUCCUAAUCUGACUCACUCUCCGGGUCUGUGUCAUCCAUCUCACGUUUCACAGGAGCAUUCGUCUGCCAUGUCGUCCUUGCUGGGUGACGCUGUAACCAUGCAGCCCAUGAACGCAUCACUCUGCGAGCUUGUCGCCUCUGCAAGUGAAGCACAGGAGGAAGGACAAGUUAAGCAGCUCGUCCUUGCUGGCUAUGGUUCCAGUAUCUUCAUGCCUGAAGACUUGUGCUUGUUCUAGUCUUGCUGCUGCCUCUGAGAUUAGGGUAGAUGUUUGACCUUCAUGGGACGGAUGGAUGGAUGGAUGGUCACUUACUUUCUGCCUGUCCCUGUCUGUGCAGAGGUUGCGGGUGGAAGAGAAGGUGGACGCAUGGGGGGAGCUGAGGAGGCGGGCUCUCAACGAUCGGCUAAUGCUCGCCGAAAGAGGCUUCCUGGCGGCGGAGGGGCUGAGGGGGAGGCCGUGGUUCAAGCACCUGGUGAGAUGAUGGAUUUGCCCAUCUCGGGAUGAAUGAUCCAUUUUUGAGCUGAUUCUUCUUCUGGUUCUUUUUCGGUGGGAUGGCGGCGCAGAUAUAUUCGCCUCCAGCGGACUCGGAGAGCGGGUUUCCCUUCUUUCCCGGCAUAGCCGACGCCCUCUCUGAGAUCCCCGGUGCUCGGGGAGAGGAAGAAACGUGGAAGGCGGUGCAGCGCGAGGUAUGGCGGGCCGCCAGAGCCGUCUCAAGGGCCGCUGCCGCCCUCAGAGAACUCGCCUGA